UAGCGAGCGAUCCUGGACCUGGUGCGGCUGUGAACCGCGACUGAAAAUGAAGAGUUAGCCGUUCAUAAGCAAUGGCCAGGCUGUCUGUACAUACGGCUGGGUGACUCCCCGCGGUGUCCUGGAGUUGCUAUGAAGGCGGGGGCCUCGUCCAUGUGGGCAUCAUGCUGUGGUCUGCUGAAUGAGGUGAUGGGUACCGGAGCCGUGAGAGGGCAGCAGCCAGGAUUUGGGGCAGGUGCGGGCCCGUUUCGUUUCGCUCCCACUGCAGGAUACUCCACAUACCCGCCCACCAACUCCACCAGCACCAGUCUGGUGUGUCAGGCCUGUGGACAAGCCUUCUCUGUCUUUAGGAGGAGGCACAUCUGUUGUGACUGUAAGAAGAGUUUUUGUUCGCUGUGUUCGGUACUUCAGGAAAACCUGCGCAGAUGCACGACUUGUCAUCUGCUGAAGGGCACUUCCUUCCAGCGUCCACAGCUCAUGCGUCUGCGUGUUAAAGACUUGCGGCAGUACCUCACACUACGCAACAUUAACACUGAUACCUGCAGGGAGAAGGAGGACCUUGUGGAUUUGGUACUUUGCCACCAAGGCACAGAAAGUGAGGAUGAUCCAGACACGCCGUCUCUGCAGACACACCCCCUGUAUAGCCAACCACCUUCAACUGAAGAGCCCACAUCCCCUCUCUCAGCUCUCACUUCAACUCACAGAGAACCAAUCAGUAGGAGCAACAGCUCGGAGUCCACCAAUCAGGAUAUUGAGGACACCACUUCAGUCUCACUCCUUAACCUUGACCAGACAGAACACAUUCCUGAGGUUAGUCCUCAGACACGGCGGCGAGCUAGAGCUUCUCUGUCAGACCUGUCAUCUCUGGAUGACGUGGAGCAGCUGAGCGUACGGCAGCUAAAGGAGAUCCUGGCGAGGAACUUUGUGAGCUUCUCCGGCUGCUGUGAGAAGUGGGAGCUGGUGGAGCGCGUCAGGAGGCUUUACCGGGAGAACGAGGACAAUCGCAAAUCUAUGGAAAAUGUGAGCAACCCCAUCACUGCAGUGGUAGCUUAUCCCCCUCCAAUCUGCAAUGGCGGAAUCGGAGAUGGUUGCAAACCCCAGUUAUCAAAUGACGACAACCUGUGUCGCAUCUGUAUGGACGCGAUAAUAGACUGCGUGCUGCUGGAGUGCGGUCACAUGGUCACCUGUACGAAAUGCGGGAAGCGCAUGAGCGAAUGCCCUAUCUGCAGACAAUAUGUUAUCAGGGCUGUGCAUGUUUUCAAGUCUUAAUGCUGCUGGCAGAACAUCCUGCUCCACCUGCAGACCAUUUUGCAUUAGAGACUCGUAAGAAUGUGCACAGCAAGUGCCCUGUCUUUACAUUGGAUCAGUGUGGAAGAUACAAUUUUUAUUUUGUUUCAGAAAGCCUUCAGACAGUGGUAAUGUCUGUGUCAAUAAGUGCUUCAAUAAAAACAUUCCGCAAGCUCUUCAAAGAGGCUCUGUAAUAAUAUGCAAUUGUUCAGCAGCAACACCUCACAGCCUUGACUUGAUGUCCUACAGCUUUGAAGACAUUCUGCUCACCUGUCGCAUGCGAGCCCUGUGAGAAACUCAAAAGAAUGAGAAUAACUUGUGUGUUCAUCAUCACGCACCAUAACUCAGGAUGGAAGGAUCUGAAUGUUCCUGUUCUUUUAUUUCCAUUUUUGUUGCAACAUCUGUGAAUGGGCUUCUGUUUCCCGUUUGAAUUGUGUAGAGAUUUUGAACAAAGUUUUGGAGUUUCUUCAAGUUACAUUGUACCUGCUUAUAACUUGACACUGGUACCAAUCAGUCAAUGAUUUCAUAAGUGGCAUAAUGAACAUGUUUUGUGGUCAUUCUUCUCUGGAUUCAGCAGUCCUGAUUUUUUUUUUUUUUUUUUAUUAUUAUAUGACUUCCUUUCUCUUUCAAAUGUCUUAAGAACAUUUGCUUUUUCUCAGUCACCACUGUUCUUUUGGGUCAUGCGACUUUUGAGUAUGUGACUGGAAAACCAGCCUAGAAACCUGUUGUUAAAUCAGUGUAAGUGGUGAUAAAUGAGAAGGGGUAGAACUGUUUCGUAUGCAAAGUAGGACCAUAAAUGGGCACAGUGUAAUUGUGAGUCAAUAUCAUUUGUAAAUGUGUAGUUUAUGUAACAAUAACUUAAUCAAAAUGCACAGUGUAAAAUAAGAGGAAUGAUUUAAGUGCCAAAAGAUGCAUUUCUCUUUCUUCAGUGCACUACAGAUGCUUUUUUCCGUAAUUGUCAGUACUUGAAUUGCUGUUUAAGUUGGGGAAACCUUAAAGAUAAUGAAAUGAAAAUAAGGACAACACUUGAGAGCGAGAUGCCUAUAGAAAUUAUCUACCCAUACUUUGUAGCCAUUUACUCACUUGUGUGAUAAACCUUAUUAAACAUUGAAUCAUGGCACAUUGCAUAGUGCUGACAAGCAUGAGCUGCACAAAUGAAUGCUUCAUUCAGACACCACAACAAUACCAGCCUCUCUUUUUGUGUGGCAUUUUAGAUUAUGAGGGAUUCAUGCAAUGCUAUGCUAUAUAUUCAAAUUCAUUACAUCUUUGUUUAACCUGACAUAUCUUAUUCCUGUGUGUAUGUCUAUUCAGAUAAGUUUAUUUUUCUAAAAAUUAAUUUGCUUUGUUUGGUCAGUUGAUCUUUUACUUUAAUAUAGAAUUAACAAACAAGACAAAGCAGUUUGUAUGUUCUUAGUUACCCUUGUGAUACUUAAAAGUGCUAAGAAAGAUUUGUAUUGCAUUGUGAAUCCUAAAUGUCAAAUUGAUGUACUGUUUCAUUUAAGUCCAGUUUUCUUUUUGAACACUUCUAUUUUCCGACUUAUAUGAAAUAUUAUAAAAUGUUGCCUGCUUUAAGCAACAUUUAAAAUUGCAUC